AUGACGUAUUGGCCCAUCUCGUCGCCCUCCGUCUUCGCGGCCACUAAACGUACGGAUCCUGGGCGCACGAACACCUCGCACGAUGGCGUCGAACACAAGCAAUCGGACGGAGCGCAUGAAGGGUCGAACCCCCAAUCGCAGAAUCAAUUUGAACAUGAGGCCUCUACCGGAAGUAAGAAUGGGGUAGAAGAGAAGAAUGGCGCGCACUCGCCGCAAGAAGGCGCGUCGGUUCAAUCAGUAGAGGACGACAUUCAUGGCACCAUCAUCGCGAUCAGACCUACAGUAGUUCUUGCCUCUGUCCUCCGUUCAGAGCAAUCCGUUAGAACAUACGGUCCUAAUACAGACGUCCUACUCCGCCCCGACUCCCAAAUCUUCGUCGUCCAGACCGCGCUCGGCUUCCUCAUCACAUACUCGCUCGCGACAGACCAUUCAUCCCGCAUAUACCAGGCUCAAUUCACCAACACACACGGAGGUCACGCGAGGAAAAGCAGUGCAAUCACAGGCUUCAAGAUCCAGCGCCAGCACGAUGUCAAUGCAGGACCUGGAGAGGGCAAUGGCCUGAAAGAGCUCAGUCUGCGGUUCCGGAUGGUGAUACGGGUGGAUGCUGGGAUAAUUCGGGCCCUGGCUCUAGACGACGAGUUGGUCGUGGCCACCGAGAAGCCGGCAGCCGUGCAAUGUAUUCGUUGGGCGCCGGACAACGCUGGAAGCCAGACCAGCACCGAGCUUCUGACCAAGAUGACAUGGUUAGGGAGCAACGCAUCAAUGCGAGAAAUGGUCCACGAUCGACCCAUGAACCUGUCGUGUUGGAUCACAGGUAACGGUCGAGCCUAUGCUGUUCAAAAGGCGGCUAAAAGAGAUGCCGCUGUCUCUAGUAUCUUCCGUGGCUACGGUUUCCACACACCCAAGACUGAUGCCGAUUAUGGUGUCAAAGCUGCUAUCAAUGCGAGAUUCUCUUUGCUUGCUGUUGGCUGUGCCAGUGGCGAGAUCCAUGUAUACACGGCACGCGACUAUACCGGCAACAUCCCUCUAUCGCAUAAACUACGACCGAACGUCACUUCGCCCGGCAAAUUGACUGUAUUGACUUAUUCGCCAGACGGGUACUGUCUCUUCGCCGGCUAUGAACACGGUUGGGCCAUGUGGAGUGUAUACGGAAAGCCCGGGGCCACCAGCUUCACUGCAGAAAGGACGCUUUCCAAGACCAACAACGAAGGGUGGCUUCUCAGUGUCAAAGAGGCUUUCUGGAUUGGAGGUGGCGCGGAGCUCUUGAUGUUGGGCGACAACGACAAUCGUCUCUUUGUUUUGGAGAUGGCUCGCAGUGCAGUCACUGGCUGCUUCUCUUCGGCAAAUGUGUCACGAUCUUUGAUGCAGACCAGUACCGGAUUCAUGAUUUACCGCGGUUACGAUCUGCCAGAUCUUACGACAAUCUCCGCCGACGUGUCACUCUGGCACCAUGUUCAAAUCCCAUCGGCUUACCUUGUCGACCAAUGGCCGAUUAGAAGUGCAGUCAUUUCGAAUGACGGUCGAUAUGUGGCAAUAGCAGGCAAGAGAGGGCUCGCCCACUACUCCGUUAACAGUGGACGGUGGAAAAUGUUCGAUGAUCCCUUCAUAGAAAACGAGUUCACUGUCCGAGGAGGUAUGUGCUGGUUCCAGCAUGUCUUGAUUGCGGCUGUCGAAUGCCGCGAGUCUCACGAAGUCCGGGUAUAUUCACGCGAGGCGGCUCUUGACAACAGCCAUGUCAUGCAUACGCAGAAGCUACCUGCGCCCAUCGUACUGAUAGCACCCUCCGGCGAAGAUUCACUCCUGGUCUACACGUACGAGAAUAUAUUGUACCACUACGUAAUCAGUGUGUCCGACGCAAGUGUGAAGUUGGUGCAAGUGGGUCAAAUCGCCCUGCAUGGCAUCAUUCGGGCUCCUACACGAGUGCGAGCGCUUAGCUGGAUAUUACCGGAAGAUCAAAUACAUAACGGUGAUCCAACACAGGACGUGGCGGUCGCGACUAUCCUGUUCCUCGUAGAUGGUAAACUUGUGCUCCUGCAGCCAACGACUACCGAGAGUGGCGAACUCAAAUACGAGAUGCGCAUCAUCGCGCAGAACGUGGAGACGUAUGCUCUUAUGCGCGAUCACCCUGCGUUCGCAUUGGACCGACAUGCCGAUUCGUUGCCGGCGAGCCCCUCUAUGGAACUGACCAUGGAGGGUGUACACGGCCACGAUUUACGUGACUCAUUGUGGUUCUUCGAUGGUAACGACAUGCGAGUUUGGAUAGACAUGCAAGACGUCCUUGCUUCCGCGUCACCAGAGAUCGGCAGGGAACUGCCCACGCCUGUUCAAAUCCCGGUCGACUUCUAUCCUCUUUCGGCGUUGAUUAACAAAGCAAUCAUAUUCGGGGUGGAGUCAGAGUUGAUUCAACGCAGGGAUACGAGCUUCGCGUUCUUGCGCUUCGGAACCAGGACACACCUCUUUCUCCCCGCAUUGCUGCGGUGUCACCUGGCGCAGUUCAAUCACCCUGCAGCCUUGCAUCUUAGCCACCAUUACCAGCAUUUGCUAUAUUUCCCCCAUGCUUUGGAGAUCUUACUGCAUGAAGUCUUGGACGAAGAAGUGGAUACGCAGCCACCACCCGAACAGGCGCUAUUGCCGAGCGUGCUAUCAUUCCUGAGCUCCUUUCCCCGAUAUCUCGACAUUGUUGUGCAAUGUACCCGUAAAACUGAGGUCCGUUCAUGGCGGACGUUAUUCUCGAACCUGCCUCCACCGGAAGAACUAUUCGAAGAAUCGCUACAGAAAGGGAAUCUUAAGACUGCAGGUGGCUAUCUCCUUGUUCUUCACACUUUCGAAGAACUGCGACCGACAGGCGAUCAAGUCGUGCGCUUACUUCAACGCGCCAAAGACGAACAGGAUUGGGAGCUAUGCAAAGAACUCGCGCGAUUUCUUAUGGCUCUUGAUGAAUCUGGCGCAACACUCCGAAGUACGUUGGAGCUUGUUGAGCUGAAGACACCAUCAGCGGAACCAGUCCAUGGCCAGUCGCAUUUUACGUUCGAAACCGCACGGCUAAAUGUACCGCUGCGGGGACGAAACAAUGGGCUCAGAGCAUUGAACGGCACAGGCAGUGAUUUUGGGGCCGAUGGUACUGGUAUGAUGGCGCGAGAGAGUGGUGACAUUAGCCCCGGUGGGAGCGACGUAAGUGCUGGUAGCGAUACACGUCCGUCACAAGCACCCGGUGAUUAUUUCGGCCUCGGGCUGAACAACAUGCGUCAGUAG